GGAUAAAUCUUUCACAGAUUCUAGUCGAGAAGCCAGUAGAAAUAAAGGAUCUUCAAUUUCAUCGUUACUAUGCUCAAAUAAUACUCCUAUUUCAUCAUUACCAUGUUCAAAUAAUACUUCUAUUUUAUCAUCACCAUGUGCAAGCCCUAAAUCUUCUUCACCAUGUUUGAAUCGUGAAUUUGAAGAAUUAGUAUUUGUCAACCUUAAUGCUAACUAUUUUUCUAAAGCUAGCAAUACAAAUGAAAUACGUCCUGAUGGCCAAUUAAUAUGUGAAAGUAUAUUUCCUAGAUUUAAGAUAGAAGUAGGAUCACUUAAAUCAAGUAAACCGGUAAAUUCAUCAUUCAAUAAAAAACAGAGUGAUAAGGCAAAGCUUAUAUUAGCAAUGCUGAUGUUUGGAGCUCACGUUCGUAACAAUUUUGAUCCUUCAUACAUGACCCAAUCUAUUCAAAAAUUGCUUAAAGAAAUUGGAUACAUGACUCUACAAGUUCACAAUGAGAAUUUAAUCGCGCAUAUAUAUGACUUCACUUAUAGCCCAAUUAAAGUAAGACAAAUUUUAAUUGAUAUCUUAAUUCCGGUUCGUCUUACAGUUAGAAUUGGAUUAGCAAUUCUUUGGAAUGCUGAAUCAUUAAUCAGAUUUGUGGCUGAAAUUAAAAAAUUACAAAAAUUCUUAGAGAAAAUAGAUACUAAUUUUGAAUUAUUAAUCAAUCGUUUUAAUAAUAAGGCACCACUUGAGCUCUUAAUUA